CGCCAGUCAUGAGAGUUCGUGUGCCCUUCAGCCAUGUCUUCGCAGGUGGUCUGCUUUGUCUGCAAUCUGCCCAUCUUGACCCACCAGGUGGGACUCGUGUGGCAAGGCGGAAACGGUAUUGACGAGCUCGUCCGUGACUUUGAAGGACCCAAUGCUCUCACAGCGCUUCGUACCAGGCUCGGCCGGCGCGACUCUGCUACCCAAUUCAGAGCCGUCAGCCCGCCAAGGACGGUACGCGAAACUUCACCGCCUGGAACGACGGGCAGCGGACGUGAUGGCAAUCGGAGACGGUCAUCUCUUGCCCAGAUUACGGACUUGUUAUGGGGCACCAAGGACAAGUCCAAUUCGAGCCAUCACAACAACACGUCGGUUGCAUCAUCCACCCAAGGUGGGCCAGCGACGGGCAAUAACACGUCGAGAUCGAGAGCCGCCACGGGCCGUCGCGAAUCACUGGUGGAUAUGGCUUUCGGCAACUUGCCGUGGAUCCGGCGCCAAUCAUCGACGACUAGCGGUCCGUCGUCGAGCGCCGCCGCCAAUUCUGCCGCCAUGGACGGCGACAAGUUGCGCAAACGGCGAGAAUCGAUGACGGCAGCCUUUCCCAAGCGAUCGGGAGGAAGGAGGGAUUCAGGUGUUGGGUCCGGCGGUUCCGUGUCUGGAAGUUCGGUCGGUUUGGACAUCAGCAAAUUCCAGUUUUUACUGUCGAGACGAGAUCGCGACAGUUCAUUACCAACUCCGGCCAUUAGCCGGACGAAUAGCUCAGCGGGCAUUCAGAGGCAGUCGGUGGACGGGAACGUGCCCACACAAACGGUGGAACUGAGCCAAGCGCUCAGGGAGAGAUUGAAAGAGCGACACGACUCUAUUGGCUUCCUAUCGCGACGUCGCUGUUCGGGCAUAUCGCCGCUGGCCAGGAACAGCGCCGCAUCGACGAGGCCAGGUGCGAGCACCUCUCAACAUUCGUCGGCCGGGUGCGGGGCUGCCACGUCGACCGUGGCUACGUCGCCCAGCGGAUUGGGCCUGGCGCCCGCCAGCCCGACCUUCCCUUGCACGUCGGCCGGGUCGGCCGGGUCGGCGUCUUCUGCGUCCAAUUUUUACGGCGCAAGGCAAGGCCAUGGAUCGCCUUCGUCGCCCCGACAGCUCAGCCCCGUUCAGGGCUCGUUACCCACCUCGCCCCGGUGCCAACUCGUCACGACGUCGACGGCCAAUUGCGGCACGUCGCCCGAUCACAGCCUGUGCCCCAUCUUCAGCGCCACCAGCAUCCCGCCCAGCCCGGAAGGCCGCAGCACGAGCCCGUUCGGCGGAUCGAUGGUUGGCGGCAGCGGCAGUGGCAACAACAACAACAACAACAACAAUCAUUGCGGCCCGUCUUCGUGCGCCGUUGUCGUCGCACCGGACGAGUUCGUCAAACCGAUUCUGCUGACGAGCGCACCGUCGACGGAGAGCACGACGUCCAUCAACGCUCCCGUCGUGUCUGCCACGCCCGUCGUUGUCGAAUUGGCAACGCUGGGCGUCAGUCGGCACCGCCGACGAUCCAGGCCGUCCGUUUCGCCCGAACGUCCCUGUUGCAGCAGUCCGUCUGCGUCGGGCCGCUUACCACGUCUGCGGAGACAGUCGACCACCUUAGACGAAGGCAUUCCGAUUGGCGGCAAGACGGGCAGAAGAGGAUCGCGCCCUUUUUUAUCGCCCGAUGCGCCACCAGCGGCCACGUUGAUGGCCGCUUUGCAAACGCACCGCGACUCGCUCUCGCCCGACUCUGCGGCCGAAGAAGCCCUCAGCGGUGCCAGCGGCCUCCUGGGCAGCACUUCGAAACUCCGCGGCCGCCGCGACUCUCGUCCCCAUCUCAGCCCGGACGGCGAGUGCGGCGGAGACGGAUCCUCUCCCCGCGGCAGCCGCAUCCGCCGCCAAUCGACGACGACCGAAGAUAUUUUCAAAAGUCGAAGCAGACGAGGUUCCAAAGCAACGACAACUAAACCGUCUCGUUCGGAGAGCAGCUCGACGUGCAGCUCCAGGGAACCGUCGCCCAAAGAGCCGAGUCUCAGGAGGCAGUCGACGACGACGGAAGAGAUCCUCAUCGCCCGCGGUUUCCGACGCCAGUCGACCACCGAGGAGAUGAUGCGCUGCCGAAAUUUCCGACGCCAGUCGACCCAAUCGGAGGAGCUGUCGAAAACGCGCGGACGGCGCGACUCUUGCGCCCAGAUCAGCGACGGCACCGUCGCCACCAUGACGGUCGAAACGACGGCCGCUUUCUACGACACGAGCACUCAAACAGAGCCGUCGAGCGUCUACGACAACAACAUCUACCACGAGGAGUGCCUCCGUUGCAACGCUUGCGGCGUCAACCUGACGGGCCCCAGCCAGAAGCGGGCGCGCCGCUUCAAGAACCAAAUCUUUUGCGACCUCCAUUUCGCCGACGUCGCCCUCAUGGAGUCGUCGGAUUUUAUGCAGCAACUGCGCAGCUUCAAGCCGCAAUCGCUCGGCUGUGCCGUCGCCCGACGAAAGAGUAGCACCACGCUCAUCUUCCCGCUUCCGCCUCAAGCCUGUUCAGAUGAAUUUUGCGAUGGUUAUCCUCACAAUUUCACGCCGACGCCCGGCUAUUGGAUCGAAUGUUCGCGCCAGAGCGCACGAGCUGGACGUCGACGCAAUCACGGCAUCCAGGAGGAAGGCAGCCAGGACAAUUCGAAUAGCGCGUCUGACGACGAAGACGAUGACGAGCAAGAGGAAGGAGACGGCCAGGCCGGCCGUGAAGAGAACGACAAUGGCACUGGCGUUCAAACGGACAGUUUCGACGGUGCCGGAUGCAGCCAGUUGAACCUACGGCACGCCAAUGGCGGCACGUCCGUUUUCACCAGCACCGACUCCGGCGCCGGCCCGUCGGAUCGCGCCGGCCGAAAAGUUCAGCUAGUCCAUCAACAUAUUCAAGUGAGUUCGACGAGUUUGCCGGAAAUCCACGAAUUGCAAGCGCGUCGGAAAACGGCCAUUGAAGAGCAGUUUGACCGGGCGGGGACUUUCGAGUUAACUUCGGUGGAGCAAGAGACUUACGAGCGUUACUUUUACGGUACGGAGCACUGGAACUAUUUCUCCAACGACGAGGAUCUCGGCCCGGUUGUUCUUAGUCUCAAACAGGAGAUUAUCAACGGACGGGAUCAGUUCAGGAUCCUGGUGCGGGCCAUCAGUUACACGGUGCACGGCCUCAUCCCGGCUUCUUGCGUCUUCGCCGACCGCUACAACCGCGAAGAAGUCGUCCGAUCCCUCGGCAAAGAGAUCAACCUCAAUCCGCCGUUGAUUCUGGGCCAGCUGCCCGACACGCCCGAAGAGCUCCUCAAAUUGGAUCAGGUUUUUAUCAAAUCCGAGCUGAAGGUGGGCGUCAUCUACGUGAAGGACGGCCAGUUUACAGAGGAGGAGAUCCUGGACAACAACGAACACAGCCCUUUGUUCGACGAGUUCCUUCAAAUCAUCGGCGAUAAAGUGCGACUCAAAGGUUUCGACAAGUACAAAGGUGGACUGGACACGGUCCACGACUUGACGGGCCUCUACUCCGUCUACACUCACUGGCGCGGUAUCGAGAUCAUGUUUCACGUCUCGACACUCUUACCCUACGAGAAGAACGAUCCCCAAAAGUUGCAAAGAAAGCGGCACGUCGGCAACGAUAUCGUCUGCGUCGUUUUCCUCGAAUCCAACACGACCGAUUUCUCGCCGGCCUGCAUCAAAUCCCAUUUCUUGCACACGUUCAUCCUUGUCCAGGUGUCGCCGAAAUCGCGCCGGAAACCCACACGAUACGAGAUAUCGGUGGUCACUCGUGACGAAGUGGGCGCUUACAAGCCGUACCUCUGGGAGCAGUCGACCUUCCACAAUGGCGUCCUCUUCCGCGAGUGGAUCCUCACCAAGAUCGUUAACGGAGAGCGGGCCUCCUAUUCUGCCCCAAAGUUCGCCCGGAUGCAGGAGCGGACCCGGAGUCAAAUGCUGGAAGACAUUGUGGCCAACUUGCAGAACCACGCCGAAACUGGACAAAUUCCCAAACCGUACAGACGUGGAUCGUGGCGUCCAAUCGGUCACAUGCGACCGUCGAGCCCUCUAUUGGAUUCUGUGAGAGACCAAUUCGAAGGCUACGACCAACUGGCCAAAGAUUUCUCCAAAGUGUUCCUCAAUGUCGACCCGCCUUCGAUGCUCUUUGACGUCAGUUUCCUCGUCGGCCAGGGCAAGACGAAAUUGAAACUCUACGGCGUUCGCGCCAUCCUGGGCGUCCGCAGUCGAGUGUUCCAGGAGAUGCUCUACGGAAUAUGCACCGGUUUCGGAUCGCCUCAAGUUCCCGUUGCCGAGCUGCUGGCCAGAGCCGCGCCAACAUUGCACAGUCCAGGCGGUCAGCAACGCAACAAGUCGUCCAAUUUCCUUCAAGUGCCUGAUAUCGAAUCACCCAGACCGAAAAGUGUGCCCAGCAGCCCGUCGGUGAUGAGAGCCUUUUCUCGACUGGGCAACCUGACGGCCGGUUGGGGCCGAAGUAGCAAGAAACAGGAUCGGCUCACAGUGGACGACAAGAAAUGGACCAGCUCUCAAGAUUGCACCAAGAUGGGCAGAGAAGGUCGCGGUGAGCGGGGCUCGGCCGCCGACCGGGCAGCUGCCGCAGCUGGCAACAGCAACAGUCUGGCCGUUCCACGACUCAGCGUUUGCGCCGACGUCCAGAAAGUGGACCGAUCGAAGUUGGCCCAAACCGAAUUCGCCAUCAUCGAAUUCGAUGCCGAAACGUUCCGAUUGCUGCUCGACUACCUGCACACGGGUUCGUGCCCGUGCACCUGCAACAACAUUCCCGGUCUCAUUUGCGCCGCCGAGCACUACGACCUGCCCGAAUUGCUCCAAGCCUGCUUCCAUCACGCCAAGCAGUUCCUGCGCAUCGAAGUGGUUUGUAGUAUGUUGUGUCUCCUGGAGAACUAUUACUGGCGCUACACGAGCGCUUCCGAGCUGGUCAACAUGAUCCUGCUAUUCAUCGAAACGCGGGCGUACCAGGUGUUCCAGUGCCCCGAUUUCCUCUCGCUCUCCGAGUCGAUCGUCCAGAUGAUCAUGGCCCGCAACCUGGAAGUGCCCGAAGUGCGCAAAUUCGAGGCCAUGCUCCAGUGGGCCAAGCACAAGAUCCGGACGCGCGGCGCCGCCUCGCGCGUCGACGCCAAAAUCGAAUUCCGUUGCACGAUGGAGCGGCUCACCCGAGACCUGAGACUCUACCGCAUCUCGCCGCAAGAUCUCAUCAAGAUCGUCCUGCCCAGCAAGGCCAUCAAGAACGAGCGCAUUCUGGAAACGCUCAUGUUCCAGGCCAAUUCCGGCAUGUACCGCAUCCAAGACUCUUACCUGGAGGCCUGCCAACAGCGGCUCCAGAAGCAGGACUCGCGAUUCUCCGAAUGGGAUUCAUUCGACUACGGACUCUGAAGAAGGAUUUCAAUUUCGCCCCACGACUCCUCAAUACCCUUAAUCAUCAAAAUUCUUUCGUGUGCAUAAAUGGAAUGCUAAUACGCUGCAAAAAAAAAAAAAAAAAAUGGAAGAAAAUACUCUAUACUAAAUUGGUAACAAAAAUAAUCAUUAUUUACUGUUAACAUUAACAGACCACGAUUACAAAAAAAAAAAAAAAAAUAGAUACAUAUAUAUAUAUAUAUAUAUUAUUAUACUAUAUAUUGAUAUACAGUAUCUGAUAUCAUUAUACAGCUCACUACAUCAGGACUGGUUCGAAUUAACUUCUUUCGGUUUUAUUUUUAUAUAUUUUAUUUUUUUUUCGAUGGCGUGUGUAUACUGAAAAUCGAUCAUGUCUGGACAAUCUGCUUACCGGACCGUCCAGUUUCGUAAGUCAUUCGUGUAUCAAAUAGGAGAUGAUGUUUACGUGUGUAUGUGUGUGCUGUGUGUGUGUGUGUGUGUUUCAGCCUUCUCGUGAGGGUGUUCGUGUGCACGUCUGUCACAAAAUCCCAUUCAAUUAUUGACCAAUUGUCGGCUUAUUUGUCUCGACUACCCCAUCACGUUCGAUUUCAUCAAGUGGCAACUUGUGUUCACGUGCUGCAAACUCCCGAAACCUCAUCGGCAAGUCGAUUGUUUUAUUUCUUCUUCUCCCACAUUUUCUUUCGAUGUCCUUCCUCAUUUUUUUUUUUUUUUUUUUUUUUUUGUGGAACCAAAAUGGCAAAAAAAAAAAAAAAAAGAAAAACAACAAAAAAAGCCCACUGAUAUAUCUCGUUUAAUUCUGACAGUUUUUUUUUUGUAUUAUUGUUGAUGUGAUUUUAUUGCAAACGCAGCCGUUGCACUGCGAAUUAUGUCGGGAGUGGUGUGAUUGGCAAGUCAUAGAUCCCACGAUGAAGUCGGCAACCCUCCAUUUCUCGUCAAUGUCAGACCAGGGCAAUCAGUAGGGAAACCGAAUAAGCAUUUUAAGAAAGAUAAUAUUCUAUAAAAAAAAAAAAAGAGAGAUUCUAGAGAAAAGAAAAACGCAAAUUGAUAGUUUUUAAUUACAUAAUCUAUUUCCAGAGAUUUUUAAAUCAGAGUAUUAUAAUAAAUGUCUAUCUGUGUAGACCAUUGUGUUUUUUUAUAUAUUAUUGAUCACUGAUUAUAAUUCCCUUAUGUUUAAAAUAACACAUGGUGGCUGAAAUAAAAUAAAGUCAACUGUU